UGGCGCUUCACUUUUCCCAACUACCGUUCUUCGGCUGCAGCUUCCAUGCUGUCAUCCUUCCAUGUUGUGAUCUCCGUCGCCGUGACCGUCGUGACCGUCGCUGUCGAGCUCACUGAGGUCUCAUGUGAAGCCGAACUCAGCAGUUCCAGGAGCUUGUUGCAGUCCAAGGUGGAUCUGGUGCCGCCGAAAGCGAUGGUUUUCUACAAUUUGUUUGCUGAGAACAUUUUCCAAGUCCCGCGGAUUGCGAAGAUCGCUCGGGGGCAGCUGGCACUUGUGGACCCGAAGCACUAUGAUCUUUCAAUUAAUUCAAUUGGUGCUAUCACAGAUGUCUCCCAAUUGGCUCUUGAUCCUUUGCUGGCACAGAGAACGAGAUUUGUUCAUUAUAUGGAAGGUCAAGAGACACUCACACUUCAUGAUGUUUGGUCCUACUGCAGAAGGCACGACGUGCUUCCCUCCCAGGUGGUUGUCUACGUGCAUUCCAAGGGAUCCUACCAUCCUCAUGAAUUCCAAGACCAGUGGCGAGACUAUGUGACCGCCGGAGCUUUGUCGCAGGAAUGUCGUUUGAUGCCCGAGUACUGUAACAUGUGCUCCUCCAGAAUGUCUCCAGUUCCCUAUCCGCAUAGCCCUGGGAACAUGUGGGCGGCCCGCUGCGGCUACAUUUCAGAAUUGAUGGAUCCCAAGGAUUUUGAGACUGCCACAAACAACUUUCAGAAGGAAGUGGGUCCUGUUGAUCUGCAAUGCCCCACAAUCGAUGGGUGCCAGGGUCUGGGUCGAGUGUCCACUGAACACUGGGUUCAGUCGCAUCCUCAGCUGCAGCCUUGUGACCUCGACGAGCAAAGGACUUACACCUGGGGCCUUCCUCAUGCAAAAAAUCUUCCAGCCGUGGUGAACUUUGUACAUCAUCCCAAGAUCCUGAAACCUGCCCCGCGUUUUGAUGGAGACGCCUUUCAAGUGGACAGCGCCAGAUGUGGCCAAUGUGGUCGGAACAUGUUGCGGCGCUUGUUGGAAUACAGUUUUUUCUACAAGAAACACCCCAAGUCCUCCUGGUGGGGCUGGAAGUUCUUUGGUCAUCGAAACUAAUUCGCUGCAAGACAUCAUGGCACUUGUGGCACUUGGGAAAAGAUGGCUUGAGUGUGG